CUGGAGCGGAUCUGACAGGCGCUCUCAGCUGGCCGCUCCGUGCCAGGGCUGCAGGGGGACCGAAUGGAGACAGCGACAUCCACCCGAGCGCCAGUCCUUUUUACGCAGAAUUGCCAACCAAGACGCCCGCAAGAACAUGUAGUCUUCAGCUCCGCAGUGACAGCUGACCAACUGUAGAAUUAAAGCAUUUCUCUGUGUGUGUUUUUCGUUUUGUUGCAAACCGCUCUUCACACUCGAUUGGCGCUUAGAAGAAAGUGAAAUCGAUUCCCCCGCCUGAUAAUCGACAGGAUCCCUGAAUGGAAGACGGCUAGAGAGAGGUCGCCACGCCGAGAACAGGCUGAAACCUUGUGUUUUUUGUUUUUCUUCACUGUCGUUGUGUUUAACAUUAUCCGAGAUAUCAUUGGCAGCCUCGGCGGCUGCAAACGACGCCGUCCUUGCCAUGGCUUUUGGCGUGAAAGAGCCAGAAAAUCCCUCAGAAUGAGAAGCGCCUCAGAUUCGUCAUUAUUGCGGAUUUAAAUGCCUCUCUCCAAGGGCCACCGACCCGCUAUUUUGGUCAGGUCCGCGUGUGCGGUGUCUCACGCUGUCACGAAUAAACAAUUCAUAGGCUGCUAAAACACAGAAAGAGACUCCAUCGGGUGGGUGAACGUAAUCAACAGCGAAGAGGGGGAUUUUUUUUUUCAAGCAAUAUGGCUGGUGAGUGGGGCUGGGGACGCUGGCACAGGCUCUCCAAGGCUCCUAAAUGCUAGCUGAAGCAGAUGGCACCGUUCCCCAUGGAAGCGACAGCUCUAUGAGGACAAGCAAUAUCAUUAAUAAUAUAAAUCCGGACUCUUCAAUCUUAAUAUCCAAGAUGGAAGACGUUGUCAUCCCGUUCUCGUCUGAGGUGCCCUGCGACAAUAAUGGACAGCGCAUGUGGUGGGCAUUCCUCGCCUCCUCCAUGGUGACGUUUUUUGGGGGUCUCUUCAUCAUCCUGCUAUGGAGGACCCUCAAAUAUCUGUGGACUGUUUGCUGCCAUUGCAACAUCAAACCCAAGGAGGCUCAGAAGGUGAUCAACCCCGCCAACAAUCAGACAGCAGACAAGGCACUAAAGGGUCCUGAUGAGAAGGAGGAGGCACCGGCCAGCGAGGUGGGAUGGAUGACUUCAGUCAAAGACUGGGCUGGUGUCAUGAUCUCCGCUCAGACACUCACCGGCAGAGUUCUGGUGGUGUUAGUCUUUGCGCUCAGCAUCGGGGCCCUCGGAAUAUACUUUAUAGACUCCUCAGAUCCUAUAGAAUCCUGCCAGAACUUCUACAAAGAUUUCACGUUACAGAUCGAUAUGGCCUUCAACGUCUUUUUCCUUCUUUACUUUGGCCUGCGGUUUAUAGCAGCCAAUGAUAAGCUGUGGUUCUGGCUGGAGGUCAACUCCGUGGUCGACUUCUUCACUGUUCCUCCCGUGUUUGUCUCUGUCUACUUAAACAGAAGCUGGCUCGGUUUAAGAUUCCUGAGAGCUCUAAGAUUGAUACAGUUCUCGGAAAUCUUACAGUUUUUGAAUAUCUUGAAAACAAGCAAUUCCAUCAAGCUGGUGAACCUGUGUUCCAUCUUCAUAAGCACAUGGCUCACAGCUGCUGGAUUCAUACAUUUGGUGGAAAACUCAGGGGAUCCUUGGGAAAACUUCCAAAAUUCCCAGUCACUUUCCUACUGGGAAUGUGUCUACUUGCUGAUGGUGACUAUGUCUACAGUGGGCUACGGGGAUGUCUAUGCAAAAACCACCUUGGGACGCCUGUUUAUGGUCUUCUUCAUCCUUGGUGGUUUGGCCAUGUUUGCCAGCUACGUCCCUGAAAUCAUAGAGUUAAUAGGAAACCGCAAGAAAUAUGGUGGUUCCUAUAGUGCGGUUAAUGGGAGAAAGCAUAUUGUGGUCUGUGGUCAUAUUACCCUCGAAAGUGUCUCCAACUUCCUCAAAGACUUCCUACACAAGGACAGGGAUGAUGUCAAUGUAGAAAUUGUUUUUCUCCAUAAUAUUUCCCCUAAUCUUGAGCUGGAAGCCUUGUUCAAACGCCAUUUUACUCAAGUGGAGUUCUACCAGGGAUCUGUUCUCAACCCUCACGAUCUGGCCCGAGUGAAGAUCGAGUCAGCAGAUGCCUGUUUAAUCCUUGCCAACAAAUACUGUGCAGAUCCAGAUGCUGAAGAUGCCUCCAACAUCAUGAGGGUCAUCUCAAUCAAGAACUAUCAUCCCAAGAUCAGAAUAAUCACACAGAUGCUACAAUAUCAUAACAAGGCCCAUCUGCUGAACAUUCCGAGCUGGAACUGGAAGGAGGGUGACGAUGCUAUCUGCCUGGCGGAGCUGAAGGCAGGCUUCAUUGCCCAGAGCUGUCUGGCUCAGGGCCUGUCCACAAUGCUAGCCAACCUAUUCUCCAUGAGGUCCUUCAUUGAGAUUGAGGAGGACACAUGGCAGAAGUAUUACCUUGAAGGAGUGGCUAAUGAGAUGUACACAGAGUAUUUGUCCAGUGCCUUUGUGGGCCUCUCCUUCCCCACUGUCUGUGAGCUGUGCUAUGUGAAGCUGAAGCUGUUGCUUAUUGCCAUCGAAUACAAGUCUGAGCAGAGAGAGAGCAGAAGCCGAAAGCGCAUCCUCAUCAACCCGGGCAACCACGUCAAGAUGCAGGAGGGAACACUGGGAUUCUUUAUCGCCAGUGAUGCCAAAGAAGUGAAGAGAGCUUUUUUCUACUGCAAAGCUUGUCAUGAUGACAUCACAGACCCUAAGCGAAUCAAGAAGUGUGGCUGCAAACGACUGAUUUAUUCCAAGAUGUCCGUCUACAAACGAAUGAAACUGGCAUGUUGUUUUGAUUGCGGCCGUUCAGAGCAAGACUGCUCUUGCAUGUCAGGCAGUGUACAUAGUAACAUGGACACCCUUCAGAGGGCCUACCCACUUUCCUCUGUCUCUGUUCAUGAUUGCGCAACCACUUUACGUGCCUCCAAAUAUAAGUAUAAUGGAUAUGUCAGAUCACCAGCAGAUGGCGCUACAACACCAGGGAACAGUGGAAGUCAAAAAGAGGCUGGCGUUCGAUUCAAAGCUGAUUGCAAUUUAGUCGAAGAUGAGCAUCCAUCAACUCUCUCGCCCAAAAAAAAGCAGCGCAACGGAGGGAUGCGAAACUCACCCAACUGCUCGCCCAAGAUGAUGAGUCGUCACGACCCCCUUCUAAUUCCUGGAAAUGAACAAAUUGAGAACAUGGACAUGAACGUGAAGAGGUAUGAUUCGACAGGGAUGUUUCACUGGUGCCCAUCAAAGGAUAUCGAAAAAGUCAUCCUGACCCGGAGUGAAGCCUCCAUGACAGUGCUGAGCGGCCAUGUAGUGGUCUGUAUAUUUGGGGAUGUCACGUCCGCUUUGGUGGGGCUGCGAAACUUGGUGAUGCCUUUAAGAGCCAGCAACUUCCAUUACCACGAGUUAAAGCCUAUAGUUUUUGUGGGCUCGCUGGAUUACCUGCGCAGAGAGUGGGAAACUUUACACAACUUCCCCAAGGUCUCCAUCUUACCUGGUACACCAUUAAGUCGGGCAGAUUUAAGGGCUGUCAACAUCAACCUCUGCGACAUGUGUGUAAUACUGUCAGCCAAUCAGAACAAUAUCGAAGAUGCCUCACUGCAGGAUAAGGAAUGCAUCUUGGCAUCACUCAACAUCAAAUCUAUGCAGUUUGAUGACAGCAUCGGGGUCUUACAGGCUAAUUCCCAAGGUUUCACGCCUCCUGGAAUGGACAGGUCAUCUCCAGACAGCAGUCCAGUACAUGGCUUUGUUCGCCAGGCUUCCGUCACCACCGGAUCCAACAUCCCCAUCAUCACAGAACUAGCUAAAACUGGCAAACUACUGCCAUUGGUUUCACUCAGUCAGGAAAAAAAAAGUGGAACCAACAUACAAAUGAUAACAGAGCUGGUGAAUGACUCAAACGUUCAGUUCCUGGACCAAGAUGAUGAUGAUGACCCAGACACAGAGCUGUACCUCACUCAGCCGUUCGCCUGCGGCACCGCCUUCGCUGUCAGUGUUCUCGACUCCCUGAUGAGCGCAACGUACUUCAAUGAUAACAUCCUCACACUGAUUCGGACGCUGGUCACAGGGGGAGCCACACCAGAGCUGGAGGCUCUGUUGGCUGAGGAGAACGCUCUCAGAGGAGGCUACAGCACGCCACAGACACUGGCCAACAGAGACAGGUGUCGCGUCGCUCAGCUAGCCCUCUACGACGGGCCAUUUGCAGACUUGGGGGAUGGCGGCUGCUAUGGGGAUUUAUUCUGUAAAGCGCUGAAGACGUACAACAUGCUGUGUUUUGGAAUCUACAGAUUAAGAGACGCUCAUCUCAGUACACCAAGCCAGUGUACAAAACGAUAUGUGAUUACAAACCCACCGUAUGAGUUUGAGCUGGUGCCCACAGACCUGAUCUUCUGCCUCAUGCAGUUCGACCACAAUGCAGGCCAGUCCCGGACAAGCUUGUCCCACUCUUCCCACUCUUCCCAUUCCUCCAGCAAAAAGAGUUCCUCCGUCCACUCCAUCCCGCCCUCCAACCGGCAGAGCCGCAGCAGUAAGACCCGGGAGGCCCGCGACAAACAGAAUGCAACAAGGAUGAAUAGAAUGGGCCAAGAAAAGAAAUGGUUUACAGAUGAACCAGAAAAUGCCUACCCACGGAACAUUCAGAUCAAGCCCAUGAGCACUCACAUGGCCAACCAAGUCAACCAAUACAAAUCCACUAGUAGUCUGAUUCCACCAAUCAGAGAAGUUGAAGAUGAAUGCUGAACACCAGGUUUUCUUGCUGACUCACCAGACAUCUGUACGCUCUUUCAAAAGAGAUGGGAAGACAUCACCAGUGGAGGAGGGAUGAUGAUGAUGAUGAUGAUGAUGAUGAUGAUGAUGAUGAUGAUGAUGACGACAGGGAUGUUGAAGACUGACACAUUUCUCUUCACUCAUUCUUCUAAUCAAGGGUUUGACAGGAACCCAAACUGGAAGGGACCUCCUAUGUGUAUACCUUUAAUGUUACUUCCAUGCUCUUGGACAUCGUUUUAUUUAUUAAUGUAUCCAUAGAGAUGUACAUAAUGACAAUCAAAUAAGGAUUGUACAGCCCCUCCCCCCUAGCACUUUUUGGAAUUAUUUUAAGAGUUGACAAAAAAAAAGUACUUCCUGUAAUUCUUUGCAAUAGUUCACCUCUUCGUGUGACCAGACUCCAUGGCUAAGGUGACUGGUUACCGGAGGAUGAGGGUUGCAGCGAUAAACUGAUCAUAUCAUCUCCCAAAGAUCCGCCCAGAUGCGUCAUGCUGAUCCAGCUGGGUUCAUCGACUUCAUAUCUCCUGUCUGCUUCUGUUUCUAUUUGCACUAAAACUGAAAAAAGUCUCUUUUGACAGAACAACUGGAACCAUCAGACCGCUGUCCCCCAGUAAAAUGUCUCAAAGGAGAUGAAGAGAGGAUGAGAGGAAGGAAGGAAGGAAGGAAGGGAGGGCUGCUUGGCUUCAGAGACAUACUAAUCUUGUUCUUAGGUUGUUAUACAUCAUGUCAUUGCUUAAGGUUUGCUACUUCACUGUUGACUCGUCAUGUUGAGUGAGAGCAUUCCAGUCCUGCAGAACAAAAUCAUCUUGCAAAACAGUAGUCUAAAAACUCAAGAGAAUGGUGCAGUGUUGGUGUAUGCUGGCUGAAAGAGAACCCUGUACCUACAUGUCCUCUGCUGAUACGUCGGAUCAUAAAGCCUGUGACUCUGUUUCAAGCUCCUAUCGCAUGAUAUGUGCCUGAGCCCGCUCUAUAACAGAUACAGUGCGGUUGAUCAACCUGAAUACAUGAGGAGGACGAAAAACAGCCUGCCCUGUCCUUCAUGCGUUCAGGAACGUUUAUGUACAUGCUGUGUGUGUGUAUUUAUGUAUGUGUAUGUGUGCGUGCAUCUGAGUCGCUCAUCCUUCUGGUGUUGCACUGAUCAAUGCCAUCUACCCCUCCCUCCCCAUCAGCUUGUACGUGAUGGUGCACCUUUGAAGGGAACAGCAUGAGGGAUCUUAGCUCAAAAAGUGAAAGCCAUGGUAGAAAAAAACAGUAGAAUAAUUUAGAGGGUUUGGAUCUACUAACAAAAACAUUAGGUUACAUCAAAAACCAAAACAAAAUCCCCAACUAUGAUUGAGCCGAGCUAACAUAAACAGCAGCCGUGUGCCCACCGUUAACGCUUUGCUGUGAGAUCUGCAGCAGAAUUGGGAUCACAAAGAAGAGUGGUGUAUUUUCUGAAUGUUUUGUCUGUUACAAAAAGUUCACAUCUGAGGAAAGAAAUGCCACAUAUUGCAUAAAAGUGGGCAUCAAUGGGUCCUCCUUUGAUCGGAGCAACUGCCUGGCACAGGGUUGGCACAGAGGCAGUAAAGCGCUUGGAUGUUCUCUGUUGCCAAUCCAGAUGUCACACGCCUCAAAACUCUCAGGAGUUAAGCUGCUGUGCUCGGUCCUCUGACUUGAGGAAAUGCUCAAACAUAGUUGGGUGGAAAUGCAACAAUGCCACAGACUGCAAAUAAGGACACUGGAGAGGAACAUGUGUUCUUUAUGCCAGCCUGUGUGCAAUGAGAGUGUGUUUUACUCAUGUUUAGGCACUGAUCCAAAUCCAGCUGUGAGAGUGAUGGCGGAUUGAGGUGGUAGCCUCGUACUCCUAAUACGUAACUUCAUACAAGUAUGUAGUUGGAUUUAUACAUUUAAACAUAAUUAUUUUGUAUCCAUAAACAUAAUCAAUUUGUACUUAUUUUUCUAGACAAGAAUUAAGUGAAAAGUACUCUACUCUAGGAGAGAAAAAGACUCCAUGAAUAUCUUUAAUUACAACUACAUAUCAAGGGAUUUUGUGUUUGACUAUAUCACCAUUAUUUCCCCCCCCCCCCCCCCCCCCCCCCCCCCCAAUAAAGCUUAGACUAGCUUGCAGUGUGGAAACCACCAUCUUCAGCCUGGCAGCUCGGCUCUGUUGAGUGCUUGUAGAAAUAAAUUACAGCUCAUCUAAAGCCUCUUUUAGUUGCACAGAUGAGCCAUGUCUACUAAAUAAUGUGUCUACUACUAAGCAUCCCUCGCUGUGAGCAUGCAGACAGAACGAUAGGUGUACAGGAAUUAUGUAUUGGGGGGUAAAUGUAUUUAGAUGGAGAACAGAGCAGAGUGGUAAUAAUAAUGAGAAGAUGAUAGAGUCGCUCCCUCUGUGUGCAAGCCAGAACUGAAUGACCUUCAUUAGAUGUGUUUGACCUAAAUUAGGUCCCUAGUGUGGAGGGAGAGUGCAUACACUACAGCACUGUGGGCUGUUGUUUUCCACAAAAUACGAUUUCAAAUAUGCCGGGGAGUCACUGUCUGUUAACUGCAGUGAUUCUCCUCCAUAGGCUGUAAAGGGAAAGUAAUUCUAAAAAAAAAAAAGAAACAAUUUUGGAAUAUGGAAAAGAACAUUAUAUUGUGCUAAAUAUGUUUGUGUAAAUUCAACCCAUUAUAUAGACCAUGUUUCUUUUUAAAACAAAGUGAUCUGAGCUUCAAUGUCCGUCUAUUGGGUGUGGUGCAACUAUACUGAAGCCUCAUACACAUUGUCCUGAAGUGAACUUUUGAACUGUGAUUACAUCGUUGUCACACUUUGUAGCAAAUAGAUUUCUUUUCAGAAAAUAUGUGAGUAAAAUGUAUGUAUAAUUGGGUUGUUAAUGGCAUACUUGCUAGCCUGAAUAAUAAGGAACUAUUAAUAUCUGAUAAUGGCAAUGACUCAUUAUACAUAGAAUCGACAAACUGAUUGUUAUGUUGAAAAAAAAAAGACAAAUGUGUAUCUUGAAAAUGAGAGAUCCUGGAUUCUCUAGGAAUGCGGGUUCUGCUGAAGUACUGCACGUGUGACAAGGAAAAGUCAGGCGGAAUUUGAUCUGGUUUGUCAGCCAUCACAAAGAUGGAAGGUAGCACCAAUUCAGCAAAGCUUAUCAAAAGAGAGAACAUCCUUAAUUUUCCUGUUUUUAUUACUUUGUGUUAUUGCAGGGUUUACAUUCCAUUUUGUCAGCUUGUCAUUAUCUGUCACAAUCUGUCACAACUGCUUCUUAUUUGUUUACAGAGUAUUUUUGAGGUACUUAAACAUAGCAUUGUUCAGAUAUAAAAACAGUACAUGCUGCAAACUGGCAUUAACAUAAACUCAAAGUAAUGCACCAUUUGUUUUCAUUACACUUGAUUACUGUGCUUUUUCUACCUGAACCCUCAUUGUGCGACUCAUUCAGGCUGGCAUUAUCCACAACACUGGACUGAGAUGUCUCUCCUUCCUACACCUUGUCAUAUGUCUCUAUUAGAUGUUUCAGGUCUUUGCAUUGUAUACCUCUAAAGUUUUUAGAGUGUUUUUGAAGUGCCAUGAAAAGAGUUUAGUUGAGCAAGCAUCCUUCAGUCAUUCAGGGACACAGGCUCGCUUUGAGGGAGCCGAGUCCAUUUGUUUUCCACUGUGAGAACAGUGUCUGUACUGACAUGGAGAACAUCCAAGCCAUCAAUGCCUCCAUGCCAGUAUAGUGCCAGGCAGUGCAGGAGGUCAAGAGGAGGGCCCAUAUUAAGUCCCACUAUUGCAAAAAGUGGCAUUCAGGAGGUCUGAGGGGCAGCUGGGGCAGUUAGAUACAAGCCCUGGCCAUCAAACCACACACGUCUCUGCUGUGUGCUUGGUUACAGGUUAUCAGACUGUGUCGUGUAGUGUAAUUAGAUAUGGAUGACUGAAAGAUGCACAUAGAGGCCCAUGCCUGUAACAUCAGAUGUGUUGUUGUCCACUGAACAAAUCAAAGACUAUGAUGCGUCAUACGUUACUGUUACAGUAUGUUGCAUUAUUUUUGUUAAUCUAUUUUUUGCUGUAAAGGAUGGAUAUAAUAACUUAUUUGCUGGGAACUGUACUAGAUAUAAUAAAAUAUAUAAUACUUAUGGGGAUGGGAGGUGGGUCUCAAGUCUUAAUAAUACAUUAAAAUUGCAUUCAGCAAUUUUUUUUUUUUUUUUUUAAGAAAAGUUGAAAUUUUUGUUAAUCUUUUUGGCUGCCUAUCAGUUCAGGAAGAAUUCAGGACAUUGCUCUCGCGUAUCACAGAUAGGAUUUGUUGGCACAUCGUCAUUGCAGCAAACAGGAGUUUGACAUAGCAGUCUAAUUAGUUUGGAUGUGUUCUUGAUAUGAUGGAAAAAUUGAUUAUUUGAUGGUGCUGAGUUGAUCUACCUGACUCUGUCAAAUAUAAUCUGCUGAUAAAUAUACUGUCUUGUACAAAAAGUUUGUACAUAGAUUGUACAUGGUUUCUUUUUGUAUUUUCUCAAAUUAAAAUGGAUGUAUUUGUGUUCUAAAACUGGAAAUUCUCCUCUUUUUU